UUUCCCAACUGAGGUUGUGCUUGCAAGGAGAUGCUCCGCUCAGUUACAAGAUGAUGCAGGAUUGAUGGAGGAGGUGGGUGAAUGCGGGAAGGUAGCGGAGAGAAUGCACAGAGGAGUGAUGCGGAUUAUGUUGGUCUAUUUGACUUGGAUUUUUGGUCGUGUGACAGAACGAUGAUCAGACGGGUAACGGGCCUCUAGAUUGUUGACAUUUGGACUACAGUCUUUUUUGGACAACCUCUAAUUCAGGCGUUCUAUGUUUUCAUUUAUUAUCGGCCUAUUUGCGCAAUUGUUGAUUUCAUAAUACUGAAUUUGAUUGUUUUGUGGACAACUAUAGGCUAUUGACACGUGGAUAUUUCUAUCGUUUAUCUAAGAUUUUGUAAAUUAUUGUUAUUUUUCUUAUAAGGUGUGGACAAGUUAUAUGGUCGCGGCAGCAAAGCGCUCGAUACGACAGCAUCUGUACACGGACAGAUCUUCAAAUCAAGGGAACUCCGCUGUAUUUUAAUAAAGAUGUCAACAUUAUUGCAUUAUGGCUGCAACUAUCAAUUGUUUUGCAGCAUCAGCGUUUGAUCUUGGUGCUAUAAACAACAAUUCUGUAGAAUUUCUAAUGAUGCCAAACCGAAAGGAGACGACCGAGCGCGCAAAUUAAGUGUCCUAAAAUAUAAAGCCUAAAAUAACAUUUCAAAAUGGAGGCACUUUGUCCUUGCUGGAUGGUAUUUUUAUGGACGAUUGUCGGCCUGUUUGUGGGUGUCAGCUUCGGCACCAACGAGGCUGAAGUUGAACCAAACACCUCUGGCCCACUGACUUUCCACUUCCCACUGCGGCAGGGCCCUCUCUCCGAAACCCAACCCUCGCCUGUGGCCCCGCAGCGCUUCUUGAGGGCUGCGCGAAGGCGCAGAGGGGUCAGGGGCAUCAAUUUCGUGGACAUGAUCGACAACCUCCGUGGGAAAUCUGGACAGGGCUACUACGUGGAGAUGGCAGUGGGUUCACCGCCACAGAAGCUGAAUAUUCUGGUGGACACAGGCAGCAGUAACUUUGCAGUUGGGGCAGCUGCUCACCCUUUCCUCUGCAGAUACUACCAUCGCUCACUGUCUAACUCCUACCGCGACCUUGGGCGCAGCGUCUACGUACCUUACACCCAGGGCCGCUGGGAGGGCGAGCUGGGCACUGACCUGGUGGCUGUGCCGCACGGCCCCAACGCCUCGCUCCGUGCCAACAUCGCUGCCAUUACCCAGUCGGACCGCUUCUUCAUCAACGGAUCAAACUGGGAGGGCAUCCUGGGCCUGGCCUACGCCGAGAUCGCCCGGCCUGAUGAGACGUUGGAGCCUUUCUUUGACUCGCUGGUGCGGCAGACCCCCGUGCCUAACCUGUUCUCCCUGCAGAUGUGUGGCGCAGGGUUCACCCAGAACUACAGCCUGGGCAGUGCCACCGUGGGUGGCAGCAUGAUCAUUGGUGGAGUGGAUUCUUCUCUCUAUGUUGGGGACCUGUGGUACACCCCGAUCCGCCGGGAGUGGUAUUAUGAGGUCAUCAUUGUGCGCAUUGAGGUCAAUGGUCAGGAUCUCAACAUGGACUGCAAGGAGUACAACUAUGAUAAGAGCAUUGUGGACAGUGGCACCACUAACCUCCGGCUCCCUCGUAAAGUGUUCCAGGCAGCCGUGAAGGCCAUUGAGGCAGCCUCGUCUACAGAGCAGUUUCCCUCUGGGUUCUGGUUGGGGGAGCAGCUGGUGUGCUGGCAGGCUGGCACCACCCCGUGGCACAUCUUCCCUGUCAUCUCGCUCUACCUAAUGAGUGAGAACCGCAACCAGUCCUUCCGCAUCUCUAUUCUCCCACAGCAGUACCUGCGACCCGUGGAGGACGUGGCCUCGGCCCAGGAGGACUGCUAUAAGUUUGCCGUGUCCCAGUCCAGCACAGGCACCGUCAUGGGUGCCGUCAUCAUGGAGGGCUUCUAUGUGGUGUUCGACCGCCAGAGGAAACGCAUCGGAUUUGCCGUCAGCACCUGCCAUGUGCACGAUGAGUUCCGUACGGCCUCCGUCGAGGGGCCAUUCCACGGCGUGGAUCUGGAGGACUGCGGCUACAACAUCCCGCAGACGGACGAGUCCACCCUCAUGACCAUUGCCUACAUCAUGGCGGGCAUCUGUGCCCUUUUCAUGCUGCCACUGUGCCUCAUGCUGUGCCAGUGGCGCUUCUCCCGCUGCCUCCGCCCACCUGGAGCUGGGGACUUCGCUGAUAAUAUCUCACUCCUCAAAUGAUAGAGGCAUGGAAAUACAGUACACAGGAGAGGCAAGCCUACCAGGAAUGGAGAUGAAGGCUUUUCUAAUUGUUGUUGAGGACGCAUCAGCCUCAUUGAGUAAUGCAGAAACAGAUUAACAUGCAGGAUGGUGUUGGUUGUGGCUUGGGAGGGUAGCA